AUGAAGUUGCACGACGAUCUCCUCAAGGAGCGGUUGUGGCUCGAGCUGCGCCGUCGCGAGGAGCUCCAGUUCUUUGUGCUCUCGGCCGCCUCGAGCACCGCCGCCACUACUUCCGCAAGCAAGGCCAAGCAAAGGACGGACCGGGGCAUCGUGGACGUGCCGCGCACGCCCGUCGACGUCGGGAGCUUGCCGCGGAGCGAGGCCGAGGAGCAGCCCAUCCGCGCUGUCGCCUCCCUGGCCCUCCGCGAGAGCGUCCUCGGCAUUCACGACCCGGAUCUGGUGGUGAACGGGGCGCAGUACUGCGUGCUGGAGCACGUGGGCCGUGCGCGAGAGGCCGGCGUGCUGCAGAACCGGCUCUCGAAGGAGCUGGGGAUCGAUCAGCGCAACCUGUUCCACAACCUGAAGCACCUCAAGGUGCGGGGCAUCGUGCGCUGCCAGAUCGUGAUGCUCAAGGAGGGCAAGAUGAACGUCAAGACCAACCUCAUCCACCUCUCGCGCUACGCCAAGUCCGAAGGCGACGACGAACAAGCCUCCAGCGACCUGGUGGUGCCCGAGAAGGUGAUGCGGGUGGUGUGCGAUCGGCUGGCGGCGGCCAAGGAUCAGGUGCUGGUCGAGGAGGACCUACGCCGCAUGCUGGCGCUGACGGUCAGGCGCUGGCGGCGACGCACCGGUGCACAGAACUACCUGGGCAAGAAGCACCGGAUGCGGUGGGCCACGGUGCGCAAGAAGCUCAUGGCCAACGGCCACGUGGAGUACUUUAGCGUCAAUAUCGAUUCCAAGCCUCGCCCCUGCCUCCGCCUCCUCUCCCACCCCUUCAAAGACAAGACCGACGUGGAGGAGAAGGUCGCGGCGCAGGAGCUCGAGGAGCCGGAGAACACCGAGACGGUGCUCGUUUCCGAGCUGCCCGUCGACUAUCAGAUCUACCGCCUCAUCGACGACUGCGGUGCCGAGGGGCUCACUCAGACCGAGGUGUUCCGUAUGUCGGGCCUGGGGCGCAAGUACUGCAGCAACCGGUGCCGCGACCUCACCAAGUACUACGGGGUGGUGGCCAUCCCCGAAAACGUGGGCCGCCAGGUCACCUACCGCCUCAUCUCCCCCGCCCACUACGUCCAGGGCACGCUGGUGCAAAACCUGCACAGCCUGCUGGACGACGAUGAGGACGGGGCGGGCUCCGAGGUCGAGGAGGGCGCCGCGAGCACGCCCGCUGCCGGCGGGCGGAAGCGGAAGAGCGUGGCCCUCUCCUCGGUCAAGCCGCCCACUUCUAAGAAGCCCGCGGCGGGCAAGAACGGCGACAAGGCCACGCCCGCAAAGCGGCGCCGGAAGAACGACGAGCCCGAGUCGCACCUGCAGGUGGCGGCGAGUGGCGACUCUGAUGCCUCGCAGCCUGGUCCCUCUGGGGGCGGAGGUGGCGGCGAGGUCGAACUGACCAACAUAUCAACCAGCCCUGCGACCACACCGGCCAAGCCGAAGCUCUCUACCUGGGCGUCACACAAGAAGCGCAGGCCGCUGACCAUUCAGUUCGUGAAGCGGAGGCAGUUCCUGAUGGACGAACUGGCGCGGGAGAAGAUCCUCGUGCAAAGCCACCUGCGCCGGCUCAUCUGCAGCCACGAGGAAGCCAACCCGUACGAGCUGGACUCGAAGAGCAUCCGCCGUAUCGUGCGCAGCCUCGAGAAGGAGCAGAUCUGCAGCAUCAUCCACGUCAGGUUCGCUUUCCUUCGCCUCGCUUCCGAUUCGCCAGAGCUCCUCGUGCAACAGCAGCACUUGUAG